AUGUCCCCCGCCGCCACAAUCCUCACAAACAUCACCCGCAGAACAACAGGAACAAUAGCCCACCUAACAAUCUCCCGCCCAGCCAAACUAAAUGCCCUCAACACGCCGCUCCUCGACCAAAUCCCCAAAACCCUCCAAUCGCUCACAUCCCAAAACCAAGACCUCCUCGCCAUCGUUCUCACGGGCGCAGGCCCAAAAUCCUUCAUCGGCGGCGCCGACAUAGCCGAGAUGGCACGACUAGACUCCCCUCCGGCCGCAGAGGCUUUCAUCUCAAGGGUCCACGCAGUAUGUGCUAGUCUACGCAACUGUCCUGUCCCGGUCAUCGGACGUAUAAACGGGUACGCGCUCGGUGCCGGACUGGAAGUUGCGGCGUCCUGCGAUCUGAGGGUUGCGAGCUCGAAUGCGGUUUUUGGGAUGCCGGAAGUUCGAAUCGGCAUUCCCAGUGUCGUUGAGGCGGCACUUUUGCCUGGUCUUAUUGGAUGGGGUCGGACAAGACAGCUUCUUUUGCUGGGGGAGAAUAUUGAUGCUGCGGAAGCGUUUCGGUGGGGGCUUGUUGAGAAGGUUGUUGAGCUGGGCGAAUUGGAUGAGGCUGUUGAGGGUUGGUUGUGCUCUUUGGAGAAGAAUGGGCCACUUGCUGUGCGGAGGCAGAAGGCGUUGAUGCGAACUUGGGAGAAUGUUUCGAUGGAUCGCGCGAUCCAAGCUGGUGUUGCUGCGUUUAGUGAGGCUUUUGUUGCGGGGGAGGGAGAAGUCACGGAGCCGGCGAGAAUGAUGGAGGCCUUUUUCCAGGCUAAAGAUGAAGUAACCUACUAG